UCGCUUUCAGAGCAACCAAGGAGCCACAGUCCUCCGUCGCCCUGCUGAUACACCUGCAAGUACCCCGCCAAGUGAGUUCCCCAACACCUCGUACUCCAGGUAGUUGUCAAGGCGGUCACGGCUUCAACCGCACAAGCAAAGUGAGCGAUAUAACCUGCUGUCAGAUCAAGACUCAAUUCUCAACGGUACCCCUGUCAGCAGAGACCUCGGGAGCACCUGGAGCAAGUGGGCGUAUCCAGAACACAGCAAUCUCUUCCUCCGUCCGUGCCGUCACCCCAAGUUGCAAAGUCACCCAUGGCUCAAGUCCAGAGCGAAGCCUUUGAAACCGAGGCCGUCUUGGAUCCGAAGCCAGACGCCGGCGAGGCCAGUAUACUGCCAGACACUGAACCCAGCCAGCCCCCCAUCGACGAGUCGUAUGGAGACGAAUUCGACAACUAUGACGAAGAGCAUGGCCGCGAGAUCGACGGCCUUACGAACCCGCCGGCCGUGAAGGCAAAGAAGCGACCAGAUCGACACCCGUAUCGCCACUUCCAGCCGCUGCACCCGACAUGCAGUCGGAUCCUGGAGCUCAAGUGGGACCGGGAUCUACGGAAGCUGCACAAAGACAAGCUCAAAAAAGUACAACACACCGUUGACAAUGCCGAGCCAAAGCUCUAUCUCCACCUCCAUCUGAAGCUCAAGAAGCUGCAAAAGGAGCAAGACCGCAUGGCCGAGAUUGAGAGAAACAAUCUCAUCCUGGUGGACCGCAUGUCGCACGUCUGGAGCGACCAGUCGCGAAAGAAGCUUCUGGAGAGACCCAACUACUCGCACUCUCUGAACUCUUACAGUCGCAAACAGCGGGAAAAGAAGAUCAAAGCUCAGAACUCGGUCAUGGCGAAGCGGCUUGAGAAGAAGGAGCCGCAUCUGGACCAUUUGCGGUGGGACGCCGAUCGGCGACGGCACCUGGGCUACCUCGACAGCAUCAGCUCCUAUCCAAACUCCUAUGAGUUUGAGAAGCGCCGCAUCGACAAGGCCUUUGGCGGUGCGCCCGAGUUUCCGUACCACUACCGCAAGCGAAAGCACGAACAAAAGUGCUAUCGGGAGCAGCAGCGGGUCUGGCGAGAGACGCUGGCACGUCAGCGCGAAGAAGCCAAGGCCCGGGAGCAAGACCGGAUCCUGAAAGAGCUUGAAGAUCUCGAGUAUCACCGCAAGAUCGAGCAGAUCCGGCAGACGGUGAGGAAGCCGCGCAAGACCAUUCCAAGAGUCCCCCGCGAUCCAAAGGAAUGCGCUCCGGCCCCGCCGCGCGAGAGCAACCCGCGGGCUCCGGGAGAGAUCCGCAAGCCCAGGGGCUCAACGAAGACAGCAGCUGGAGAGUCAGCGGCAACCGGCGAGGCAGCGACACCAAAGCCGGACUCGUCCAAGGCUGCGUUUUCCAAGGACCUGCCGCCCCUGCCUGCGAUCCCCAGUCGGCCGUCGACUCAAGGCGGGGUAAAGCGCGAGUCUUCGCCUCUGGCAGCGGCCGGGCUGGAUGAUCCACCGGCCGAUCCACCGGCCGAUCCACCAGGCGAAGCUGUCGCUGAGGAGCCGGUAGCACCGGCGUAAAGACAUCGGAGGACCUGCCGCUGGCCCUCUGCAGCAGACGGCCUUUUGAGAUGAAGGAGGAAGCCUGCGAUUCGGCAGCAAGCACGGAUUGGCACUGGCCCAAUUGCAGCCACUGGUCGAGAUCCAGAUCCAGCAGGGCUCUCGGCCCAGACAAGAGACCGAGAACAGCAACACCGCAAAAUGCACAGCACGUAAUACAAUCUGCAUCAACCCGCA